AAGCGGCAGCUCUACAACAUAGUGCCAGAGCGGAGUAAUAUAUUGUUAUUUAUUGUGUGCUUGUUGCAUGCUUUCUCGUACACAAUCGCAUGUGUGUUGCAGGGUCAAAUUAUCUUCUGGUUAUCCAACAACCUAAAGCUGUACCAACUGUGUCCUGCUGAGAAUUUACGGCUUGAAUCAUUUAUAAUGGUAACAUUAUCGAAAGUGGUGGACCCCCGAUUUUGAUUUUUAUGGAAUGGAAAUUUGUCAUCUGUAGAGGGGAGAAAAGCUAUAGAUUUAGGAAAAACUGAGGGAUGUUUUGAAGACAGUUAUGUUAUCGUUAUGGAAAUUGGAAUUCGCUGGAAGUAGUCACACUUGAACUUCUCACAGCUUUUCACAUAUUUCUCAGGGUAAGAAGACUGAUUACAAAAGGGGGCUAUAACGGAAGAUUGCUUUAAAUAAGCAAAUCCUACUCAAAAGAAGGUUUUUAAGUCAUGAUGCAAGAAUCUGGAACUGAGGCAGCAAGCAACAUUUCAGCCAAUCAGAACGGAGCUAGCAGUGGUAACCACUAUCCAGACAGUAGCACAAGGGAGGGGAGAUCAAACGGCGAUAUAUCCUCGAUUGAAGUGACCGCUGCUGAAUUGGUUCAUCUUCAGCAACAGCAGGCUCUUCAAGUUGCAAGGCAGCUUCUGCUACAGCAACAAGCUAGUGGGUUGAAGUCUCCCAAGGGAAAUGACAAGCAACCAUCCCUACAGGUACCGGUAUCAGUGGCUAUGAUGACACCUCAAGUGAUAACUCCCCAGCAAAUGCAACAGAUUUUGCAGCAACAAGUAUUGACUCCUCAGCAACUCCAAGCCUUGCUUCAGCAGCAACAGGCUAUCAUGCUGCAGCAGCAACAGCUUCAGGAAUUUUAUAAGAAACAGCAGGAACAGUUACAUCUUCAACUUCUACAGCAACAACAUGCUGGAAAAUCAGCUAAAGAGCAACAGCAACCGCUGGCAGCCCACCAUUUAGCCAUACAGCAGCAACUUCUACAGGUGCAGCAGCUUCAACAACAGCACAUCAUGACAAUGCAGCGUCAUGGCUUGCUUCCAGUACAGUCUGGCCAGCCAGCUCUCUCUCUGCAGACAUUAGGACAAGGCAUGACUCCAACAGAACUGCAGCAGCUCUGGAAAGAUGUGACUGGAGCUCACACAAUGGAAGAAAGUGUAACCAAAAAUGGCAGUCUAGACCUUUCCACUAGCUCAAUUUGUUCCACGGCAGCACCACCUAAGACCUCACUACCAGCAACGCUGAUGAAUGGACAGUCUACGGGUCACACUCCAAAAAGGGAAUGCCUAUCCCAUGAAGAGCACGGGUGCAACCAUCCAUUAUAUGGUCACGGUGUGUGUAAAUGGCCAGGAUGUGAGGCAGUCUGUGAGGACUUUGGACAAUUUCUAAAACAUCUCAACAAUGAACAUGCACUGGAUGAUAGAAGUACAGCACAAUGUCGAGUGCAGAUGCAGGUUGUACAACAGCUGGAACUGCAGCUUGCAAAAGACAAAGAACGCUUGCAAGCUAUGAUGACCCACCUGCAUGUGAAAUCAACUGAACCAAAGCCAACUCCACAGCCUCUGAACCUGGUAUCGAAUGUCACGUUGUCAAAGACUGCAUCUGAAGCUUCUCCACAGAGCUUACCUCACACUCCUACAACACCAACGGCCCCUAUUACCCCUGUUUCACAGGGACCCUCUGUUAUUACACCGACCAGCAUGCAUAGCAUGGGACCCAUCCGUAGGCGGUACCCAGACAAGUACAAUGUGCCAAUCUCCUCAGACAUUGCUCAAAAUCAAGAAUUCUAUAAGAAUGCAGAUGUUAGACCACCUUUUACAUAUGCAUCAUUAAUAAGGCAGGCAAUUCUUGAAUCUCCAGAAAAGCAGCUAACACUAAAUGAAAUAUAUAACUGGUUUACAAGAAUGUUUGCCUACUUCAGACGCAAUGCAGCAACGUGGAAGAAUGCAGUGCGCCAUAAUCUUAGUCUUCACAAGUGUUUUGUUCGAGUAGAAAAUGUUAAAGGGGCAGUAUGGACAGUGGACGAAAUAGAAUUCCAAAAGCGAAGGCCACAAAAGAUCAGUGGCAAUCCAUCUAUUAUAAAAAAUAUACAGACCAGCCUUGCAUAUGGAUCACCACUUAAUGCUGCUUUACAGAAGCCAUUUGGAACCAACAAAGGACAUGUUGAUUUCAUUAAGGUUUCGAUGGCUGAAAAUAACAUACCUCUAUACACUACUGCUUCCAUGGGAAAUGCCACUGUAGCCACAAUGGUGAGUGCUAUCCAUGAGGAGCUAAAUGGUGCAGUGGAGCAUUCAAAUAGUAAUGAGAGUGACAGCAGUCCAGGACGUUCCCCACUGCAAACAAUGUAUCCCAUCCAUGUUAAAGAGGAGCCAAUGGACCCAGAGGACAUGGAAGGGCCCCUGUCUUUAGUGACAACAGCAAACCAUAGUCCAGAGCUGGACAAUGACAGAGAAUUUGAAGAGGACCCAGGGAAUGAAGACAUGGAAUGAGCAUGCUUCCUAUCAUUUCCUGAGAUGAAGAUUAAAAUGAAAGAAAGCUUGUCAGACUUACCUGUGAAAUCUCUCCCUAAUGUGGCAGUUUGGAGGAAUUUUCAGCCCCUUUUUGACAAAGUAAUGAAAUGUUUUAAAUAACUUUUAGUGCCAUUAAGAAUCCCAUUGGGGAAUGUUUCUGAUUUUUUUCUACUUUUUGUUGGAAAAAAGGAAUUUGUAUUCUACAUACAUUGGAUGGACUUGUUUGGUACUUGGGAUUUUCCUCUCCUGAAGUCAACAUCAGUGUUGAAAGUUACUGAGCUGUACUGUCACCCUCACAGACUUUGCAGCUGACUUUGGACUGCAGUUCUGCCAAGUUGGACUCAUGGGUCUGAUCAAAACUGUUAAUAGUUCAAACUGCAGAUAGAGCUCUUCCCAGAACUUGCAUAUUCAAAUGGAAGACUGAGGCUAAAACUGAAUUGCACAGUACUGGAAGUGGAUUGUUUUAAUAUCACUGCCUUUAAUCCACACUUGUUUUCAUGGAGCAGGGGAGAAGGGAAAUAAUUUGUGAAAAAUAAUUUGCUGAAAUUUUAUUGUGUCUACGUUUGCGUCUGCUGCAUCCAAGCAGUUUUAUAAUUGCCGGCCACAAGCCUGUGGAGGACCUCGUUGUUCAGUGGUUGAAUGUUGUUUUUUUUAACCAAUGGGACAGAAUGCCUCACAUCGAUUUGUUACACAAACAGUAGUUUUUCUGUCAUCCACUUCCCUUAACUUCAUUGAGAUUAUUUAAAAAACCACAAGUAAACCUCAUUGUAUGUACAGUUUAACAAUACUGAUCAUUUUGUCUGCUUUCUCUCAGAAAUAAGCAGGCCCAACUUUUAGUAUCAAGCGGCAGAGCCAACAUUCCAAACUCCAGAGAAAGGUUCACUUCUAGGAAUGGUGGAGCCAGUGAACAAGGGGACAGAAUGACAGAAAAAAAGAUAUUUAGUAAUUAUCCCUUGUCUCCUGCAUACACACCAUAGAUCGAUUCCUGUUGUUCAGGUUCAGCAACUAGUAAGGAGAUACAGGAGUUGAAAGCAAGUAGAACAUAAAAAUAUGUCGUCUGUAUAAAUAAAAAUUUACACUGCAGUUUAAGCUUUUCAGUUAAGAAUUUUAUGUCCAGUGCUGUGUUAAGUAGCUCAAUAGAGAUUUGUUAUUUCAGCAAACUUAGAAAAGUUCGCAGUAGAUUUCAAAAUAGAAAGCUAUGUCACUAGAGCUUAUCUUGCAAGCCUAUGUGAUCCUGAAGCAAAUUUACGUGCAGAAGGUAAUUCUGUUAAUAUAGGUCAUUGAAUUGUUUUCUAUAACACUCAACAUCUUUCCUGUCUCAAGACUGCGACUGGUCAUUUUCUAUCACCUCCCCAAAACCCCACUCUCAUGUAUUUAUUUAGGACUAUAUAGGUUGUCAGUUGAAAAAAAGCUUUCAGAGCUUUAUUUAUUUUUGCUGUUUUUUAAAUCAGAUAAUUUUUUCUGAGAUUACCAAAGAUGAUCUUAAAGGUAAAUUAUGUUCUCUGUUUGAUGCUUUAUCUGAUGAAGCCAAAUAUCCUCUUAUUGUUGAUCAAAGGAGGUACCAGAAUCUAGAGGGAAAUGGCUAAAAAUGGACUGAUGCACAGACAAUAACCUGUGAUGUUAAAGUCUCCUUUUAACAAUGUCUGUAACAGGCCAGGUGGAUGUUUGAACCAAAGGUAUUAUCUCUGAAAACCCAGAUCUUUUCCCUAUAAUGACCAAAUUUGCUCACUGUAGGGAAAUUUAAUUGUACAAAUUGGUGACCAAACCAGGAAAUUAUGGCACUGAGGCCACAAAGAAAGGGAGCAUUCCAUCAAGGGAAGGUGAAUGUAGAACUUUUCUGUGCAGAUGAGAGUAAUGCAGAAAAAAAGCUGAAGAUGCAAGAUUCCAACUGUAAUACAGAGAGCAAAGAAAUAGCUUUCGAGAUAGAACUGGACCAUAUAAUAAGUUUUUCUUAAGGAAAAUGCUCAUUAUGGAGGCUGUGUUUGAAAGAUGGUGUGCCAUUUUUGUUUGGAGACCAAUCUCCUUGGUGCCGAGGUAACUCGCAUUUAAUUUACCUUGGCACACUUUUUCAGAAUUGUUUGUUUCGUUUCCACGUUCAUCAUACAGAAACACUCCUGUGCACUCAUUAGCUUGGUACAAGAGACAUUACAGCAGUUAUUUUUCAGCAUAAUCCAACUUUCUGUUAAAUGGGCAGUCUGUGGUCUUUUAAAAUAUAUAUUUGUAAUGGCAUUCCAGGCAGCUUCAUGAGGAUGUACAGGCAGUUGCUGAAUGGGAUCAUGAGAAGAGAUUCCAUGCUUUCAAACUGAGUGGCCUGUUGGUUAGCUCUGUAUUUGAGGGAAUAAGAUGGUUAGAUUAGUACAUUCUCAGCAUGUGUAGCUAGACAUGACUAAAGUUAACAGCAUGAGAAACCGUUAGUACGCAUACCUCAGUUCAGACUUUUAGGGAAUGAAAAAUAAAACAUUUCACUCAGUUGCACUUAGUUGUAUGUCUUGCAUGUUUAGUCUAAAGACUAGCAAACUUAGAGCUUGCAUAUCUAGCAGGUGCCACAGCCUUUCAGCAGAAUCAACUCUGAACCUCAGGCUCUUUAUGUACAGGAUUUCAAUGACUGAACGUUGUCACCAUAUCCGUUUGGAUAUACAGUUGCUUCUAAAGGGUGGGGGUUUGUUACAUUGUACAUAAAUAUCCCAAUGUGUCAGUGCAAGCCUUUGUCUUUUCUGUUUCUUUUUAAACACUGUUCUUUUAAGCCCCAAAACAAAAAAAAAUCUGUUUAAAUCACAUUUGCUUUUGUGCAACUGCUUUGUAUUGACUAUAUUAAAAGAAAGCUUUGAAAACGACUGUAUGUAUUGAAACUGCAAAAUGUUCUGCACAUGUAUUUUACUUAUUAACCCUUGCUUUGAGAAUAACGGAAGACAGUUGCUGACAGUUGGGAGAAAAUCCCUUUCUUUUUUUGCUUUAACUGUAGUACAGUUGACAGAAUUUUAAGUUACCGUUGAACGAAGCAUUUUGUACAGUUUUGUUUGUGUUAGGCUGUUUUGAUACUUCUCGCUUACAAAGGUCCAGCCACUGCCCUCUGCAGCUGUCUUAAAAGUUUGAAGGAUUUGGAGAAGACAGUUUAAAAAGUCAUUUCUCUUCCUGCUGUCGUGAAUACUUAGCAUGAUGAAUUCCAGGGCCAGUUGCAGUGAAGUAAUGAUUAUUAAAACUGGGGAGUGUCAACCUGUUGAUAAUUUUUUUAAAAAAAGAACUUUACAAGGUGCCAAGAUGUAAAGAUAAUUUGUUACAUGCUUUUUCUCUAAGAAAAGCAUACAUUAUCAUGAUCGAAGUACCAUGAUUCAGGUAACUUCAAUGUCAGGAAUGAGAGUCACAGCCUUUACACUGUCAAAAGCCAGUAAAUAAAAAUCUGUUUUGUAAAGGGUUGUUUGGAAAAUGGUACAGACAGAGGACAUUGUGUUAUCAUGGUGCUUUGAAUGUUGUUGCUGCCAGUUAAGAGAUUAUUGUAGAGGCAUACAGGAACUCAUUCCUUACAUCAGUGUAAUCCAUCAUUCCAUGUCUGUUGAUGCAGACAAUAAAAAAAUUCAUGUGUGUAGUCAGUACUAAUUACUGACAUUAGCAUUCUCAAAUGCAAUAAAAAUGCUGGUUGUUCACACUGUUUGCAGUGUUGUCAUUUUCAGGAUUAUGUUGAUCCCUGCAAAACCCAAAGUCAUCAUUUUCCGGUGUUACUCUCAUUUUUAAUCACAUAUCAUGAAAAUUUCCUCAUAACAGAUGAAAUGGCUAGUUAUCAAGCACUAUUCUGACUCUUUCGUGACCCAGUCAUAAAGCUGACCAAUACAAGUGCCGGUACUUAAACAUUAAAUUCUCCCAUAAUUAAUAAUGUCAGUUAAACUGUCUCCUUGUAACAGCAAUUUAGGUUACUGCAUUUGAUCAGCUAUAAAUUCAAACUACAUUAAAAUUCUAGAAAUAUUAGUAAUAUGGAUUUCUUGAUGGAAAUUAUUGCUGAUCACAAAGUGGUUUUUUGUAACGACCGAUGCACAGGUCAUGUUAGCCACAAAACUGAGUACACAGGUCAGGUCUGUACACUUUUAAUCUUGUGAAACAAGCAAUUACAAAUAGUUGCAUCGAUUCGUUAAAAAGCUUUAAGUGACAUGAAUUGUUUCUAGUUUAUCUUAUUGCUCAGUCUUAUAAAUGUCAGGGGGUAUCAUUUUAAUUUGGGUCACAGAAUGAUCAGGGUCACUAUAUGAGAUAUGCAAUCAAAUAUAUGAUUAGCUUGCUAUCUUUAAAAAACCCCUAUGGAAUCACCAUUUUGCUGGACUGGCAAGUUGCUUGAAAAAAUACUUCUGGAUGUAAUGCACAAAUGUUCCAAAAAUUUGUUUAGCAAAUAUUAGCACAUGUUGUAAUGGGAUACAGAAGUAACUCUAUACAUCUUGCAUUCCUCAUUAAGUGACCCCUCUUUAAAGCACACAUGCUUUUUAUUAUUCUACGCCCAAGUAGAAAAUCCAUAUUUCAAGAAUUUCCAUCCAGCUCAAAAUGUCUCUGGCACAUGCACAGCUGAAUAAUUCAAAAUGCAUAAGCCAAAAGAGAACAAACAACUCAAGAUUUAACAGCUGCUCAGUGUCUUAUUGAAAAUCCAUUUAAAUUGGAUUUAAAUGAAUGUUGAAAUUAAUAAUGCUUUGUUGUUGUAAUGAAAGGUUAUUAAAUUGUGUGUUUUG